GAAGUCCAACCCUAUUUUCUGUCGUGCCCUUUCUCAGCCCCGGAUCUGUAGUGUCGAUGGAUCUUCUGUUUUCUUUUAGAGUUUAGAGAUGGAGUGUGCCCUAGUGUACCGCUUCUUCUCAUUUUUUAUUUCUUGUAGUCACCUUUUCAGUCGUUUCUCUUGGGGUUGUUAAUUCGGGUUUCUUUUCAUAUUGAUCGACUAGUGAAAAUUUCGUGGUCUCUUUUACGCGUUCCUUUUGGAAACGUGUUAUGUGCUGGCAUCGACUCCUAAUUUCGUCAUUUCGUGGCUUUCUAUGCGUGAAUAUUAAACGUGGGGAAGAUUGUUGUUAGGGGAGCGUGUCGGUAAACCUUCAAAAUAUAAAUGGAGAACAGUUUGGGUCAAGACUCUAAUCCAGCACAUGGGUCCUUUGAUAAGUCCAGGGUUUUGAAUGUUAAGCCAUUGCGAACUCUUGUUCCUAUAUUCCCUUCACCAUCUAAUGCUUCUUCGUCUUCAAAUUCACAAGGCGGGGCACCCUUUGUUUCAGUCUCUCCGUCUGGCCCCUUUCCCCCGGGCGUUUCCUCCUUCUACCCGUUCUUCUUCUCCCCGGAGUCUCAGAGAUUCUCUGAACAAAAUCUUCAAACCCCAGCAGCUGGUGUGCCUGCGGUUCCACUUAAUUCAUUUAGGACACCAACGCCAAGAGCUAAGGCUACUACUAAUGGAGUUGCCGGUUCAUCUGGAAGACGCAAGAAGGGUUUGACGAAUGAUGAUGGCUAUAGUAAUAGCCAAAUCAAUUUUGAGGUGAAUGAAACAGAUGCGGAAGAUGGAAGCCAGGAUGGAAGGCUUAGAUCGCAUAAGAAGAAAAAAGGAAGGCAGGGAGGUGGCUCUGCAGCAGUGGAGGUUGAUGUGGAUGCGGUAGCAAAUGAUGUUCUCAAGUCAGUUAAUCCUAUUGUUUUCGAUGUCUUGAAUCAACCAGAUGGUGGCAAAGACUCAGUUUCAUAUACACUUAUGAUAUAUGAAGUGUUAAGAAGGAAGAUCACACAAAUUGAAGAUCUGAGAGACGGAAAUCCUGGAGUGGCAAGGCGGCCAGAUUUGAGGUCAGGCACAAUUAUGUUGAGUAAAGGGGUUCGGACAAAUAGUAAGAAACGUAUUGGAGCUGUUCCUGGUGUUGAAAUUGGGGAUAUUUUCUUUUUUAGGAUGGAAUUGUGUGUGGUGGGGUUGCAUGCACCAUCUAUGGCUGGAAUUGAUUACAUGGGUGUCAAAUUCGGUCAAGAAGAGGAGCCAUUAGCUGUAAGUAUUGUCUCGUCUGGAGGAUAUGAAGAUAAUACAGAGGAUGGGGAUGUUCUGAUUUACAGUGGCCAAGGUGGGGCUAAUGGAAGUGAUCAAAAGCUUGAAAGAGGUAAUCUUGCAUUGGAAAAGAGUCUGCAUCGGAGCAACGAAGUUAGAGUAAUUAGAGGUCUCAAGGACAUUACUAACCCUAUGGGGAGGAUAUAUGUGUAUGAUGGUCUUUACAAGAUCCAACACUCAUGGGUAGAAAAAGGAAAAUCAGGUUUCAGUGUAUUUAAGUAUAAAUUAGUCAGGCUGCCUGGGCAGCCUGCAGCAUACAUGACAUGGAAAUCCAUUCAGCAAUGGACCGAGAAGUCUACGUCAAGAGUUGGGGUUAUAUUGCCUGAUCUUACUUCUGGGGCUGAAAAGGUGCCUGUUUGUCUUGUGAAUGAUGUUGAUAGUGAGAAGGGCCCUGCGUAUUUCACCUACUGCCCUUCUCUCAGGAAUUUGAAGCCAGCAAAUCCCAUAGAUCAAUCUGCUGGAUGUAAUUGUGUUGGUGGAUGCCGUGCCAGCAACUUCUGUUCUUGCAUUCAAAAGAAUGGAGGUCAUCUCCCCUUUUCUGCAAAUGGGGUACUCUUGGACUUAAAAUCGGUGAUAUAUGAGUGUGGUCCUUCCUGUCAGUGCCCGCCAACUUGUCGAAACAGGGUUUCUCAAGGUGGCUUGAGAGUUCGCUUGGAGGUUUUUAAAACCAAGAAUAAAGGGUGGGGUUUAAGAUCCUGGGAUCCUAUUCGUGCAGGAGCUUUUAUAUGUGAGUAUGCAGGGGAAGUCAUAGAUAAUGCUCGAGUGGAGGAGCUUGGCGUUGAAAAUGAAGAUGAUUACAUCUUUGACUCUACUCGCAUUUAUCAGCAGCUGGAAGUUUUUCCUAGUGAAACAGAAGCUCCAAAGAUUCCGUAUCCCCUCUAUGUAACAGCAAAGAAUUAUGGGAAUGUUGCACGGUUUAUGAACCACAGCUGUUCUCCAAAUGUAUUCUGGCGCCCUGUUGUGCGUGAAAACAAACAUGAAUCUGAUCUCCACAUAGCUUUCCAUGCAGUCAGACAUAUCCCUCCCAUGACCGAGUUGACAUAUGAUUAUGGAAUAGUUCUACCUCUCAAAGCUGGCCAGAGGAAAAAGAAAUGCCUAUGUGGAUCAGCAAAAUGUAGGGAUCACUUUUUUUAAUUACCUGCUGAUGGGUUGGCUUCCAGUUGCUUAAGACUUGUGAAAAAGGUUUUUGUUAAUUUGACAGACAGUAUUAGCAAGGAACGUUAAGCUGACGACCUGGCAAGUGCAGCAGAUAGUAUGUCCCGAAGUCGCAUGUUUUUUUUGUUUUUGACCAGCGAAGUCGCAUGUUUAUUAGUUAGCAGAUGGCAGAUCAACUUUUCCUUUUGGCAGUUCCUGUGAAUUGUCACAUAAAUGAUCAGGCUGCUUAUUUACUAUGUGUUAAGUUGUAGAAGUAUAAAUUCUAUGACUGAUCGUGUAAUUCUGGUUCCUUCGCAAUAUUAGGAUGCUUUCCUUCUCGAAGUGGAGGUUUGUAGUGGCAA